AUGCCUUUUUACAUGGCUACUUGGAUGAAGAAGUCUAUCUUUUUUCCCCCUGAUGGUUAUUCUAAGGCACAAAAUGGAGAGGUUUGCAAGCUUAGAAAGUCAUUAUAUGGUUUGAAACAGGCUUCCAGACAGUGGAAUUAUGAGUUAUGCACUAAAUUAUUGGCCUAUAGUUUUGUUCAGUCCAAGCAUGAUCAUUGUCUAUUUACUACACCUUCUGCCGAUAAUUUCUUGGCUCUAAUUGUCUAUGUUGAUGAUGUUUUAGUAAUGGGACCUAAUGAAAGUGAUAUUGCAGCAGUUAAGGCUUAUCUACAUUCUGUUUUUACUAUCAAAGACUUAGGAUAUGCCAAAUACUUCAUUGGGAUAGAAAUAACUCGCUCUUUAGAGGGUACUUUUAUCAAUCAACGGAAAUACAUUUUGGACAUCCUUGAAGACACAGGUUUGGCUGGUGCAAAGCCUGUUUCUACUCAUUUUCGCAAGGCCUGCAAGCUUAGUUCAGAAUCUUCCAAUCUCUUAUCUUCUCCUGAUCAAUAUAGGAGAUUAAUUGGCAGAUUAUUGUAUCUUAAUUUGAUAAAACCUGACAUUAGCUUUGCUGUUCAGCAGCUAAGUCAGUUUGUCAAUUCUCCUUGCCAAGAACAUUGGGAUGCUACUUUAUACAUUCUGCGGUAUCUAAAGGGAUGUCCUUCUAAAGGCUUAUUUUUCCUAGCUCAUUCUUCCUUUACUGUCACAACUUAUUGCGAUGCUAAUUUGGCUUCUUGCCCUGAUUCCCGAAGAUCUCUCACUGGCUAUUGUGUGUUCCUUGGCUCUUCUCUUAUUUCUUGGAAGACAAAGAAACAAACUACAGUUUCUAAGUCUUCUGCAGAGGCUGAGUACAGGAGUAUGGCAGCCACAUGGGAGCAUCCAAUAUGGCCUGAACAAGUUUAUGAUGGAGCACCUGUCACUCUUGUUUAUAAGAAGGGUUUUUUCAAAUAUUUGGUUAUUUCAAGACCUGAAGCUUGGGCAUCAGGCAACUUGGAAGACUUUGGGAAGCUCAUCUUAGCUUUUGGUCCGGGUCCUAUCCACAACUAUGAAUGCGGUACAACCUAA